UAAAGGUGAGUAUGUCUAGACACUCCUCCGCUUGCUGCUGCUGUCCCGAGAUAGGAAAGGAAACUGAGACCUACCUUCCUCCUUCCUAUCAGUUCUGUCGAUCACCGAAAAACCGAAAGAAUUUCACCAAAUUACAAUCUAGUCUACCAAGUUUAGCUCAAGACCCCAAUCACCGAUCCAACUCCCUAUUAUCUUCUACCAAAUUGAAUCUCUCUUUCCAGAUCAUGGAAAAGGAGGAGGAGAAUUCUAAGGUUGAAGAAAUCAGGGAAAAGGAGGAGGAGAAUUCCAAGGCUGAAGAAAGCGUGGAUGAGAAUGAAGAAACAGAAGCAAUAGAGCUUGUUCUCUUCCAAGUUCCUGAAUGUUACGUGUAUAUAAUACCCCCAAGGAAAUCUGCCGCUUCCUACAGGGCUGAUGAGUGGGAUGUGAACAAAUGGGCUUGGGACGGGGUGCUGAAAGUCAUUAGCAAGGGAGAAGAGUGCAUUAUCAGACUCGAAGAUAAGACCACAGGUGAAUUAUAUGCUCGGGCGUUUUUGCGAAAUGGAGAGCCACAUCCAGUAGAACCUGUAAUUGAUAGCAGCAGAUAUUUUGUUCUUCGCAUCGAAGAGAACAUUGCUGGCCGUCUUCGGCAUGCUUUCAUUGGUAUAGGAUUUCGAGAAAGAACAGAAGCUUAUGAUUUCCAGGCAGCCCUGCAUGACCACAUGAAAUAUUUGAACAAAAAGAAAACUGCCGAAGAGAUGGAACGGCAUUACCAG